UAUCUGACACCGAGUGUAAAGGUCACCUUGCCUACGACAGGCCACGCGCAUGCGCGUUCUCGGCAGCACCAAUCCAGCUAGAUACGCCCACUUUUUACACUGCAGAUCUAGGAUCGUUGGGUGGAAAAGAGCAGAUUUCUGAUCCAAUUUGGCGGGCAAGCAACUGUCCUCAUCGUUGAAUACCCUUACAAAACCAGAAUGGCAACCAAUUGUACAGAGCACACAUUGAUUUCUUCGGCUGUCGCCUCUCCUUCUAGUGCGAAUCAAACUAAUAUUAGCAAAAGGGAAAAGUCCCACGAUGCAAAACCUGAGAGCCCCACACAGCAUAAAGGUCGCUCUAUGCUUCUGCACAAUGUUCUUCGAAGGAGAAAUUCUCUAACUCUACUCUAUAAGAAAUCCUCCAAGGCUGCAUCAAAAAGCAAAACCAUGAAGAAAAGGGAGUCAAUGCCAGUGUCCGACAAAAAUUCAAGUGAGUAUCUCAACACAACUGAAGAAAAUAAACUUGAUAGUGAGAAUGCGCCAAGCUACCAGAGACCAUUGCCACCAAGCCCCCCACCUAGUCCACAUUCUUCACCCCUUUUCCCCCUAAUGGAGCAAGAUUCCAAGUUCGAGAGUCAGGGUAGUGGCAUUGAUGGCAUUGGAGCUGAAACAUCUUCGGAGGAUCAAAGAAUCAAAGAUUCCAGCCUGCAAAGCAUACAUGAUUCACUUACCAGUUCAGAAAUGUCACUCAAAAGUGCAUUGACGGAAUUUAACAACCAUUUUCCAUUGCGGGUUAAAUUUGUAGAAGGGUACUGCAGUGAAGAUUCUGAGCAUAGCUUAUCAGCAAACGAAGUAUACGACAUCCAGUUUGUGAAGAAAACACGCGUCAUUACCUUAAAGGAUAAAGACGGGUUCAUGCACCACAUUCCCCUGGCAUCAACCAUGAUGUUUGGCCUGGUGUACAACCCAUUCAGUGAUUAUGAUGAAGCUUUGGCUGGUUAUACCUUCGAGGCAUGCAGUGACAUCAUAGCUGCUGAAUCGAUGCCUACUGUUGUCUGUGCUACCAGUCCAGUACACAACCUGGAAGAAAAGCAUAGCAUAGCCGAAAACGAAAUCUUUGUUGUUAAAGGUAUCCAAAAGCCGAAGUUGAGGGGAAAGCGGUUUCUUAGAGUGUUUAGUCUUCUCACUAAUGCAGAGAAACUGUUACCAGAAGAGUGCCAGGGGAAAUUUUCAACCAAACCUUCGCUUGUUCGUCUCCAUCUUCCGCAAAUUGUUAACAGCAUCACCAACUCUUUUCCAGUGCAGGCUGUUCUUUAUGUUGAUAACCAAGAGCCAUCCCUGAAGCUUGGGUUUCCCAUUUCCGGCGUUAUAACACUUUGUGACUGUAGAAUAGAAACUUCCCUUGUAGCUUAUCCAAUGUCAGGUGAACACACACAGGAUCACGUCACUCUCCAUCUGAAUGAUGAUAUGAUGGCGUUAGAUGUCGAAGUUUUGAAAUGGAAAGGAAGUGUGCAAAGUCUUUUGGAGGGUGAAGAAUAUGCACCAGAAGGUGGUAGUGUUGAUUAUGAUGAUGUUGUUGUAGUGCAGAAGCCCAUUACUGACAAUGAACUCUAUGACGAUAUUGUCAACACUACUCGAGGGAAGGAAGUGUCAGAUGAUGAAACGUACGCAAUAGUAGACAUGCAUAAGAAAGUCAAGAUGCCGGGUGAAGCACCCUAUGAUAAUGUUCAAAAGGAAAUUCGUUUGGACCCUGGAAACACAAACGAACCCCGUAGUGUUCCCUUGUCUUUCCUCAGCAUUAACACCGCUCUACAGACAAUCUUAUCGAAGCUAAACACCUUGGAGCAGGAAGUAAAGAAAAUUUCACAACAUCUUUCCUUGUCAGAAGAGGCACCAAUAGCUAACAGUGGGUUUGAAGAUAUGGAUGAACAUGGGGGUAAAAUAACAAAAGCCUUUGAUAGUAAUUUUUAACUUUUAUCCUCAGAACGGAGAUCAUGUGAACAAAUUCAAAGCCAAGUAA